AUGAAUCAGCCGCGACCAUUCCGGAAGCCUCCCGACGUCGAGGAGGCACUAUCCUCGAUGCUGUGGACCCCCUACGAUAACAACGCAUCCGACACGGACUCUUCGCAGGACGAGGAACCGUACCUAUCGAUGGAGCCGGCAAUCACUGCCGGCCGAUAUAGCAAUAACAAUCGUCCCUUCCAAUCAUCGCGAACGAUGAAGCGAAGCUUUUCCGAGUGGAAUUAUCGCAGCUCUGGAGAUUUCGGACCCGCCAAAACUCCCCUCUUCCUGGCAGCAACGAGUGCGAUUGGCAGCGGUGGACCCAGCAGUCGGUACAGUUACCCAGCUGGUGGCGUUGGAGCUAGCUGUUAUUGGAAUAGUAAUAAUAUUUACACUAAUGGUUAUUCCGGCCCUGCGUUGGCCGCGUCAGCUGCGACAGCCGCGUUUGUCCCACCGGUGCCGUCGGGCUCUGCGCUGGAUUACUAUUGGAAACAACUUCAUCCAACGGUGUCAUCCACGGUGUAUGUGAACCCCGGGGCAACACCCACUGCACCACCCGGCUCCCUGGUGCCGUUUGGUUUGCUCGGUGUCGACCCAUUGCGACCGACUGCCGAAAGCACAGGUGCCUACGGUUUCUACGAGGACGAUCUGAUCAACUCCAACAUGAUGGCUGGCAUCGGUGACACCUUUGUCGAUUAUCAGGUUUAUCCCAUAGCACCGGUCGGUGCUGCUGAUGCUGUUGAUGAUGGUGUUGAUGGUGGCGGUGGCUGUGCCUACCUGAGUAGGCACCAACAACCGCAGCGGCAAUUUUCAUCCAUGCCUUCGUCGUGUUCGUCCUCGUCUGCAUCAGGUUACAACCUGACGAACGACAACAAUAACAACUACAACUAUGACAAUAACAACAGUCUAUGCAGAAUUUCCGCAAUAUUUAAGCCAGUCAUGCGCAGCGGCAGCUCUAACAACGGCAACGUCGGAGACCUACAUUUCUCAAAACAUCAACAACAACAACGGCCAUGCUCGGAGAAUGCAACUGGCUCAGUUGGCACCAACACUACCGCGCUCGGACUGCAGGAUGAACAGCGUGCUGCGUGCGAUGGAAAUGAAUCGAAUUGGCCGAAAUGGAAUGGGCCAAACAUAAAUCCGUUUAACGGCUACCACCACAUGGAAGGCGGCUGUGAGGGUGCGUCCGCCGAGGAAGCAGCUGACGAUGAACGCUGCGGUGUGGGAAGGGACUGGAGAAUGGCAGCACCAACGUCGUCGGCUGGGGUUGCGAUGAAUGAUUCGGAUCGUGCCGCGUUUAGUAGUGUGCGGAUAGUGAACGGAGAAGCAUACGCGUUCAACAGUGAUCUUACCGCGUCGGAACGUCGUUUGUUCGCCGCUGCGACCGACCGACAGACGAUCGAUCGGAAUAGUAGUUCCAGUGACAAUAAUCAUAGUCGACAACAGAGUGGCAGUGGUUCCGGAAAGGCUCUGGAAAAUCUACGAGGUUUCGGUCGCAGCGUUCGAGAUCGGUUCGUGGAUAUCAUGCGACUUAACGUGCCUGCGGCCCCCGAGGGCAGCCGGACCAGUGUUUACAUUCCGUCCUCGGAAGGGACGAUGCUGGAUAGCGCAAUCACUCAUGGCGAGGGGGGACCAAGACCUACCUUAACCAUUCAGGUGAAUCGUGUUGAUACCAAUAACCAGGAGCAGAAUGAUGUUGUAAAUAAUGCCUCCUCCGGAGUAAGCAUCGUGAAUUGUUACCGUGAAUCACCGAAAAGUGCGGGAAAUCCUAGUGAUAAAGAGUGUAACAAAGGCCAGGAUGGCACCGAAGAAAGUCAAUUCUUUCCCAGUGAUGUUAACAGUGGUAAUCUGAAUCCUACGGUAAUCGAUAAAAAUCAUGUAAAUAUCAGUGCAAAUGCAGAGCAAAUGGUUCAUGUUUCUAACACAGUAGUGCAAAAUGAUCCCAAUCUGAUCGAGCAUAGUUAUAAUGUGAAGAAUAGUGCUAAAAAUCAAACUUCCUCGUACCCUCAAACGGAUAUCGAUCGCAUCGAACCGGCAGGCAACCGUACCUACACUUCGACCGAAGCCCAAACCGACGAUCUUCAGCCGAACGUCGGCGAAAUUCCCACUCCUUUCAUUCACAACCCGGCCAUCAUCCCCGGUGGCCUCGUGCAUCCUCCCCCUCCUGUACCUCCCACACAUCCCGCGACCCUGCUGCUAACGCCACCCGGAUCAGAGUUCAGCACUCGCGAACAUCGGCGCCGCGAAAGACGCGAGCGUCGCCAAGCACGCAACCGAAUGCAGCACGUCCACCCGAUGGAUCAGCCGCCUCCACCGCCGACCAUGCUUCGGCCGCCCCCGAUCGAAAUCAUACCAGAUAUUCUGCACAGCCAUCUGCCGCCACCGUACACGACGCUACCGAUGGGGGCUACGGUGCUGCCGGCGCCGAUUCUGCCCGCCGUCCCGGUGCACCAUCGGGGGGCGGCCGACGACUGUCGGUACUCGUUCCCGAUUCCGAUUAUAAGAAGUUCACCCUCGGAACGAUCACGAAAAGGCUGCUGUGGUCACUGGUUCGCCGGGCCACCACUGCGGGCGCUCAUCGCGGUGGUGGCCCUCGGUGGUGUGGCGUGCGCUCUCGGCGGUGCAGCACUCGGUGCAACCGGACUGGCUGGUUCACCUACCUCACAUCUGACGGCGGCCUUACUGAUGAUAGGUGUUGGAGUGAUCCUGGUGACGGUCAGUGGAGCAGCCUGGCGGAUGACGGCUCCCGGGGCACCGCCCUGUCUCGGAUUGGGUUCUACCGUGGAUCUGGGCCGCUGCUCGCGGCGACCUUGCGGACGUGGUGGCAGCACACCGCACGGGUUGCUCUAUCCGGAGUUCCAGCAUCGACCACCGCCACCUUCCUACCAGGCUAGCAUGCAGGAGUACAGAUUAAGGCUUCUUUUACUCGAUAGAGACCGCCAAUCUGGAAGAAUGCGCAGUACGGCUUCACCUCCGCCAACAUAUCGGUCUAACGUCGGGAGUCUCCUUAGAAUCCCGCUCACCUCACGGUACAACAGCAGUGGCUCGAACAAUAACGCAAACGGUGCCGGAAUAACAGCCGCAGGUGGGGGCGCUAGCAGCAGCAGCACCGCCACCAGCAUAUUCGGUGGCAUAAGUGGCAUCAUAAGCGGUGCCAUGGGCAGCAGUACAAACAGCGUUAACGUGGCAACUCAAUCAUCGCAACCGUCGGCCGGUAACCCACCGGACAUCGCAGUGGAUCCGGAUCCGAGCGGUCAACCCCCGCCGACUUAUCGCACCAUUGACCGCAGGAAUUCAUCAACGUCGGUGAAGUCGGUGCAACCGGCGCCAGGCACGGCGACAUCUGCUGGGACGACGACAUCGGCUGGCGAAUCCUGUGGCGGCAGUGGUGGUGGUUCGGCUCUAAUAAAUGACGAUAAUAUUGCUUCUACGACGGGUCAACCGGUGGCUGCCGGCCGUACGCCUUCGAUUAUUAAAGUUGACAAUGGUAAAUCAGUACCGGCCGCCACCGCCGCCGGUUUGGCGAAAACGCAACCCACGUCGGUACCGCACGGUACAGACCCGGUGUCACAUAAACAACGAAACUCAAUUACACGCGAAAUAAUUGAGAAUGAUAGUAACGCGGGGAGCGAAAAUGUUGCAAACAAGGACUUAGUUACGAUUGUUACCAUUUCCGGCACGGUCGAACAGCCGAAAUUGAAUAAAUCUGCGCCGGGCGUCGAUGCGACCGACACCAGUGGUGUCAGUGUCGGGAAGGCAGCCGCCCUGGCAAAGCCGGUCCAAUUGCCCGAGAACGGAACAGUGGCACAUCUGUAGCCGGACCGUUCCGUGGUCGUUCGCGACGGCACCGGUGCCACCAAUGCGCUCAUCGCUCAUCGAUGCUAGUUUUUUUGUAUGUGUUCAGUCAUGGGAACGUACAACUAAACCUACAUUGACGAGGGGAUGCGUGCAGGAAACCAAUAAAACGCCAUGGAAGUCUAGUUUUGCUACGCAUGUUUUCUGUUGUUUUUUUUUUGUUCGAGGGUGGUUUCGGUUCGACAUGGCUGUGCAGUGAUGAAGCAUUAUUUCUCGUGAUCGGGUUUUCGUGCACAAAAGAACCUUUAGGAGGCUGCUGGACCCUCGGUAACCUGUUAUUUUCACAAUUAGCAUGAUCAGUGGAUGGUUGAUGUAAAACUAAAUGUUUGUUAGGUUGGGAUUGAACAGGAAGAAUUUAAGAAAUAUCCUGUUAGAUGGUUGGUGCUGAUACUAAAUUAGCGAUCGCAAUAGAGUUUGAUGGUUGAGUAUAAAUUCAAUAAUUGUUUCGUUUUUCGUAGAAGAAAAGUACCCCUCUUGCGGCGUAAUCUUUACUAUUUCCUGGAAUUUGCAGUUAAAAACGACGCCGAAUCUAAUACCAGACUUGUUUUAUGUAAUUCAGAGCUGGUUCUGAUUCGAUUUUAAUACAUUUUUAAUCUCACAAAGUUCUAAAUUAAGUAAUGUCUGCAUGUCUCCUUUGACAAGCCGUUGGUUAGUAUCUUAGUAGAAUCAUUCCAUUCUAUUUCAAGUGGCUUUAGCAUAGGUUUAUUCUCAGGUCUUUCAUUACCUUUGCCUUCGUGCUAGUUUCUAAUAUUACCCCGACGAAGCCUUUUGCCAGUGGAAAAGACACUCUUAUGGCUAAGUUUACGGGUCAGAGCAAUGAGUCCUCAUCACGGACGACUAUAAUUGGACAUAGUAUACAUGCGGUGCGGAACAAGUGGGUAAAGUAGAGCAAGCAUUGAAGGAAGGAUAAACCCCAUUACAUCAUGAGCACGCAUAAAAUUUAUAAUAAGCAUAUCGCUCACUCGAGCAAUAUCACAAUAGAUCAACGGUACUGAUCGUAGUGAUGAAUCCACAUGGAAAUAAAAGUAUUGAAAUAUACUAUUUGAAAUAACAAUAUUGGCUUUGUUACACACUCAAAACGAUCUCUUUAAUGACUCUAUAAACCCAAAAUUACUCAUAAAAACCACAAUAAGGUCGCUAUAAAAGGGAAAUAAAAGUGAAUGCUUGAAUUUGGCGUAAAACGUACGAUUUGUUGUAUGUAGGCUAAAAUAACAAAAAAAAGGAAGCUCUAAUUUAACUCAUUUUUGCGUACCUUUUUAUGCCAGCUCCGCAAAAAGUAUUGCUUUGUUCGAAUUGGUUCAUCAAUUUUGUGUAAAUUUGGUCUUUGUCGACUAUCCAGAAAUGGCAAUUUGAGUUUAACUGCACUUCUAUUGUGCGGUUUUAUAGGCCAUUGUGGUCGCUAAAAUCGUUCUAAGAAUGUAAUAAUUCCAAUGCAAUUAUUUAGGUACUUUACGUACUGUUUUUGAUUGAAUUUUCUAAACGGUUUCUAUAUUGCAUACACAGGGGUUAGACGAAAUAAUUUUGACGAAAUUUUAUUUAUUUUUAUUUUUAGCCAUUUUCAGAUGAAACCAAGUGUAUUUGAUGGGUUUUUUUUAGUUUUUCUAAUAAAUUUCAAGAUUCGCAGUACCCAGUGGACACCGGAGACAUUCCGGGUUGUCGGGAGGUAUGUCAAAAACUGAUGUAUUUUUCAUCGCUUGUAUCUUUUUCUGUCAUGGGAAUUAAAUAAUAUUCACAUUUUAUCUGAAAACUAGGCUUCAUUUACAGUCGAUUAGUGGAAAAAGACCGGAAAUCCGUUGAGAAACAACCUAGUUACCUAGUAAUAUCUAUUAGUCUGACCAUUUUAGAACAGUUACACUCUCAAGUCCGUACACUGAUAAAAAUAGACAUGGCGAUACCAAGGGAACUGACACAUGGAUUUAAUGUGCAAUUAUAGUUAACUAGCUGACCCGACAAACUUCGUAUUGCCACAAAUUAACCUGUGUUGUACAUAAAUCAUGAAUCUCGGAUGAUCUUUGUCACAAUCUCGAGUUGGGCGGCGCUUCCGACGGCGGGUCACCGGCAACACUCGCGACCGUCUCGUCCUGAAUGAACUAGUGUUACUAUAGAUAGUUUUUGUGGUCUUGUAUUGACUAAUGUUUUAUGGAAGAGUCUCGAAUUUCUCGAGCUCGAUUAGUUUUUGAGUUUCGCAAAAAUUUCUGUUUUAUUUGUAUGAGAGUCCAUAUUCCCCUACCACAGGGGUCAGAGGUCUCUAACUAUCGUAAAAUAAAUUCAAGACUCCAAAAUCUCCCACAUGCCAAAUUUGGUUCCAUUUGCUUGAUUAGUUCUCAAGUUAUAAGGAAAUUUGAAUUUCAUUUGUAUGGGAGCUCCCCUCUUAAAAGGGGAAGGGGUCGUAAUUCACCAUAGAAAAAAUUUCUGCCAUCUAAAACACCCACAUGAUAAAUUUGGUUCCAUUUGCUUGAUUAGUUCUAGAGUUAUGAGGAAAUUUGUAUUUCGUUUGUAUGAGA